AUGCAGUCGGAUUUGUUAUUAAAAGAAAAUGGAGAAAAAACUAACUACACAAGUAUAUCUGAUAGAGUCGCAGGUCUAGAUAUGAAGUUUGGUCAAAAAAAUUUAACUUUAAUCCAAGUUUACGCGCCUACAUAUAAAGCUAAAGAAAGUGAGAUUCAACUCUUUUACUCAGAGAUACUAAAAGCACUACAAAAUUCAUCAACAUCUACAAUGAUAAUGGGUGAUUUUAAUGAAAAAAUUGGACAACCAACGCCCAAAGACAAAAGUAGUAUGGGACCAUGGGGAUUUGGUGACAGAAAUGAACGGGACCAUAGACUUGUACGUGGAUGCGUCAACAUUAAAACUAAAGUAAAAAAGAACAGGAAAAAAUUUUGUGCUCCAAAAAGACAGUUAACACCAAGUGAAAAUGAAUUCCUCAAAGGGAUGUUUCCAGAGUUAUUAACUAAAGAGAAAGAAAACUUGCAAAAAAAACUACAGAAACCUGACUAA